AUGAUCUCGCAGUUCCAGUCGCUGCUGAACUCGUAUGGUGUGGCCGUUGAUGAUCAGGACGAUCCAAAGGGGGCGGCGGGACAGACACUGUUGCAGAUCAUCACGAAGUUCGCGUCGAGCUAUUGCUCGACCAUCGAGGGAACGGCACGUAAUAUCGAGACUACGGAGCUGUGCGGAGGCGCCCGUAUAUGCUAUAUAUUUCACGAGACGUUUGGCCGUACGCUGGACUCCAUACACCCGUUGGGAGGCCUCACUACUCUCGACAUACUGACCGCCAUCAGGAACGCCACGGGUCCCCGACCGGCCCUUUUCGUGCCGGAAGUGUCGUUUGAGUUACUCGUGAAACGCCAGAUCCGGCGCCUGGAGGAGCCC